CGAAACGGCGACAUUAAUUUCCCCGACUUCCCCAGCAGACGAGAUGGCUGCCGCCCCUAGCCGGAUGCCCUAGCCGACACAGACGGACCCGUUUUCGGUCCAAAUCUGAAGUAAUAGUAAACUGUAGUUGGCCUAGAUCUUUACCUCUCUAACGGGAAAUAGAGGAUCGCAACGAUUUGGCACUUUCUUUAAGAUAAUAUAAUUGGAUUGGAUGGUUCUUCAAGGAUUUUGUGUGCCAUAUAUCUUCAUGGAUCCGGAGAUAUAGUCGGAUCAGGGUCUGUUUCAGUUUCGGUGGAGGUCGGGUAGACCUCAUAUACAGAGAUCGAGGGCCCUUUGCCUCAUAGCUUCAGCUUUGUACGAAGGCCCUUUGCAAGCUUCAGACGUGUAGAAGCUCCGUAGAUAAUUCAUGGGGUCAAAUAACGUCCAAAACCACGUGGACGAUGAUGAUAGGUUCAGCAAAUUGCCUGAUGAUAUUUUACUUCAUAUCUUGGGGAAAACAAACAUUAUGUCAUCUAUAAGGGCCAGCUUUUCAUCAACUCGAUGGAGGCACCUUCCUUCCUUACUGCCUCACAUCGACUUAAGUAUUUGGGACUUUAUCCACUCCAACAACACUUUGACUAAUAAUAAAGUGGUAGAUGAAGCAAUGGCAGCUAUGACCAAAGCAGCGAGGAUAUGUCUGGCUACCCCAGGGAGUGAAAGGGUUAUGAAAACAGCAAGCCUCGACCUCUGCCUGUCUGCCAAUUACUUGUAUGACAUUGGUGAGUUAGUUUGCGAAGCUAUUGAUAACAGUAACGUGAAAAGUGUGGAGCUUGCCUUGCCAACUACUAGUCAAAAUUAUGAUAGGGCGGAUAUGAUGCGGCAUGCUAACAAUCUGGUCUGUUUUUUUGAUGCUAUGCACAAUCUCUUUCAGUGUACAACAAAGCUUGUUCUGUACAGCGCUAGAUUUAGCGAGUUCAAAAUGCACCAAAUCCUAAAUAGCUGUGAGCAACUACAACAUCUGGAGUUGAACAGUUGUGAUACCGGGUAUCUAUCCGUACUGAAGAUUGACAUGCCAAACUCAAAAAUCUCUUAUCUAAGACUUGCGUCCUGUUGCUUUGAGAAGAUUGAGUUUUUAUGCCUUCCAAAACUAUCUGUGUUAUGUUGUGAAUCUUGGAGCUCUAUUGGUACCCCCUUAUAUUUUGGCUAUGUUCCUUGCCUUGAGGAUCUGAGUCUUGUUUGUUGUGCGGCAAAAUAUCAAUCUGGACUCAGUUUAAGUGAGCUUUUACAUGGCUCCACGAGUAUAAAGGUUCUUACUUUGGAUUUCUAUGGAGAGAAGAUAUGGAUGCUACCUGAAGGAAAGAAGCUUUGUACUUCAUUCAACAAGUUAACCAAGAUGUUUAUACAUGGUAUCAAUGUCAAAUUUGGCCUUCUAUGGACAAUUGCUCUUAUUGAAAAGGCCCCUUCUCUAAAGACAUUUGGAAUUGAGGUGUGGAAUCACAUGUGUGACGUGGACACUGAAGAAAACAGGAGAGUAUUCUCUAAAAGAACUAAUCCUUGGCAGAAACGUAAUAAGUUCAAAAGUUCCGGGCAUCUGCAAUUAGAAAGGCUUGAAUUUGUGGGUUUCAUGGUAAAUGGAAUAAGUUUGCUGAAUGAUUUUGACUAUCUUAGAGGAAAAAUUAGAGGAGGUUCCUUAAAGCAAAUGUGUAGCCAAAUGGUAGAUAUACAACUUUUAUUUUGGAAUAUUUCAAAGUUUAGCAGUGGAAUUUGGACAAAAAGGGGUCUAAAUAUAGGUAUUUCGUUCAGUUUCAGCCUAUUUCAGACUGCUACAGUUCCAUUCAUCCUUAUCUGUUCCACCGAGCACCGCUCGAUCAAGGAGGCGGUAAAAAUUCAAAGCUUCUACGUGGCGUUCAUGAACGAGAUGAGCGUGGCAACAAGCAGGCUGGAGGUGGCAAAUGGAUCACGGUGAAAAUUUCAAAUAUAU